GAGGCAGACGAGUCCCCGGGCGAAGACUCUCCACACAGACAUGGCUAUGAUGUUGUGAUUUUGGACAUUUAGUAGGAUGAAUUUCUGUGGUUUUUCACGUACCCACUGGGCGUACAAUAUCCAUGAAGCAAGAUGUAGAAGGAAGUAGUUGCUGGUUCUCUCUUCUUAACCCCUGGAGUGGGUACAUUCAUUCAUUCAUUCAUCAUGUGGAUCAUAUGCUGGUCCUUAGAAGGUAAAACUCCUGAUCCCCGCUUCAUCCUUCGGCAUCAGACUCUGUCCGCCGUUCUUCCAAGGGCUCGCGAAAAAGUCGGAAAAGCCAACGCCUAGGAGUCUCUCAGGUUUGCCAAUCUUUUCUCUCACCGCGAGUCUUGUUAGCGAAUCUACGUGGUUUUCUGGCUCGCCUCAAUCCGUUGGAAGGAGAGAAGAACGACACCUAUUCCCGUAGUUCGGUCUUUUUCAGAGGCUACGUGGGUGCCAAUGGAAAGAACAUUAAGGGUUCGUCCCACAUUGCAUUCAUCUGGACUUGCAUGAUCCUUGAUGUUUUCUAAGAAGAAAACACGACUACAGGAAUGUUCUGAAGACCUCCAAGAACAGUCUAGCUUCAGCGGACAAGUGGCUCUCUGAUCCGUCUUUGAGCGCAGAAGAACGGGAGGAACAAGCGGAAAUCACCGCAAAGAUGCAACGAGAAGCGAGAGAGCGACAGCAGGCUAAGACACGCGAAGCAAGGGAAAAAGAGAAGCUGAUAUCAUCUUUGAGAGGUGAAAUUUUUGAUCCGAGUAUCACCUACUCGAUUUAUGACGUUUUUGAACCGGUCUUGUUUGGAAAUGGCAAGACGAGGAAGGGG